ACAUACCAACAAACACAACUCAACUGGUCUGCCUUUAUUUUUCAGCAUUGAUUUCUUGGGUAUUAAAUUUCUUAGUUUUGUCUUUACACCACAUGUUUCAUCCCCUUGUAAUAUUUUUCUCCACACCUUCGAAGAGGGUUUGCACCAAUACCCUCAAAUCAACUUCUGAUAAAACAGAAGUAACGGAAGAAGUGAAGACGGUGAUGGACAGGCUAGGGUUAACAUGUUAUGAUGCACAAGGAGAUGAUAUUCAAGGCGGGGUUGGUGCGGAGGAGGAGCUUUCGAGACUGUUCGAUGAGGAGGAGCCUAGCUUGGAGGAGGUAAAGGAAGCGUUUGAUGUGUUUGAUGAAAAUAAAGACGGGUUUAUAGAUGCUGCAGAGUUACAAAGAGUUUUAUACAUUUUGGGUUUGGAGGACGGGUUUGGAUUGGACGAAUGCCGGAGGAUGAUCGAGGCCGUUGAUACGAACGGAGAUGGACUAAUUGAUUUUGAUGAGUUUGUGAAACAUAUUGAGGACAGCUUUUGUUGACAACCAAGCUGAAGUGUGCUUUUGCUUAUUGUUCUGGUUUGCAUAUUGUAAUGCCUAAUUCCUGUACAACUGAAGUGUGUGCUACUUCUGAUUACUUUUAUUUUAAUUGUUAUGAAGUUUCAUGGAUUA